UUCCUAUAAUUACUGCGAUUGUAUCCAUCAUCCUUCCACACGCAAGAAGAAGUUCGUAUCGACGGCAGCUGCUUGACGAUCGUGUUCACCUGUGUGAUGGAGUAGACUCAGUAGAGUGAGGACAGCGGUUCAAAUACCGAGGAGGCGGAACAUAAAAUGUCGUGUGUCUCCAGUCAACUGCUAAUUCCAUGAUGGUGUUGCUGUAGGACAAGACUAGGGGCUGUUGCCGCACUUUGCCCCUAACCCGCCAGCAGACCUGAGAUCUCGCCAGCGCCCAUGACACUCCGAGACCCAGCAACUUCCUCCAUCUGGCGGAAGGGGAUAAACUUGGGAGAACUUUCUGGAGGCGAUGCCAUGGAGACUGAGGUCGUGUGCGGAGUGGAGUCGAGGUCAAGGUCUGCUGCCAUGACGCGCAGUCAGGUGGAGGCUGUUGUUGUUGUUGGAGCGACGAUGCCACCAACGUCUGUCACAACGGCGGGGCCGGCACCGACGUGGCGGAGGCCGAGGUACUGGUGCGACAGGUGGUGGCUGGCAGUCAUGACACUGACACUGCUGUCGUCCACAGCUAUGGCUACUCAGAGGUUUGUCACGGAGCCCUCCAAUGUGUCGGCUACCCGAGGAAGUGUAGUCGUGCUCAACUGCACGAUUGCCAACCGGCAAGGAGUGGUACAGUGGACCCAGAACAAGGUAGCGCUGGGAGCAGACAGGCCCCUGCCAGGGUACCCUCGCUACUCUAUGAUAGGGGUGGAAACACAGCUAGGACCUCAAGAGAGUAUAGGUGAGUGGAACCUACAGAUCAUGGACGUGCGCCUGGAGGACGACGGCGAGUACCAGUGUCAGGCCGGCGCCACAGCCACCUCGCGCGGCAUCCGGAGCCGGGUGGCUAUCAUCACGGUUGUCAUUCCCCCCGAGCAUCCCACCAUCGAUGGCGCCCCCACCAUCCCCGUGGUGCUGCACCGGCUCACUAACGUCACGUGCCGCGCCAACCGCGGGAAGCCCGCCGCCACCAUCACGUGGUACAUGGACAACCAGCGCAUCACCGACAGAGUCUACUCCAGGAGACUGCUCAUUCCUGGGAAUGUGUCAAUGAGGCUGCAAGUCAUCUGGAUGCCAACAUCAGCAUCCAUCAUUUACUGUCCUCACUGUCUUCACUCACUUAAGACUCGCUUUAAAAACUCACCCCGGCUGGAAGAGAAGUUCGUGGACACGGUUGGCAUGGUGACGAUCAACGCCAGCAAGACGGACGCCGGCCGCCGCAUCGAGUGUCGCGCCAUCAACGACUUCAUGGAGCAGCCCUACCGCACCUUCGCCACCAUCGAUGUCCAGUAUGCUCCAGAAAUCACAAUGGCUUUGAAUCUCACCAGGACUAUCCGCGAAUACGAUUAUGUCAGGUUUCAGUGUUCAGGGACAGCGAACCCCACUGACGUGGCUUGGAAGUGGUACCGCAACGACGUGGAGAUGGAGGGCGAGACGACCAACACGCUGGUGGUGCACCAAAUAUCACGUGACUACGACGGCGACACCGUCGCGUGCGUCGGCACCAACCGCGUGGGGGGCACGAGGCGCGAGCUGACGCUGCGAGUGGAAUACGGUCCUCGCAUUAUUGACAUCGACCCAGUCGUCGGCGCCGACCUCCAGCACUCCGCCCAGCUUCGCUGCAUGGCCGAGGGCAACCCCAACCCCCACCUCAUCUGGACCCGCAAGGACCGCGGCAGGCCCACACCCCAAACCCUGUCGACGUCAUCAGUGUACCGGAUUGAUUACGUCACGCAGGCUCAUUUCGGGGUGUACGUGUGCACAGCGUCCAGUUCCGGGUUCCCGGACGCCAGCAAGGAGGUGCUGCUUCUCCAGAACAGCAAGCCGUCCAUCCACAGCGAGAAGGAGCAGUACGCGGCGCUGGGCGACAAGGGCAAGGUGGAGUGCAUCGUCCACUCCGUGCCCAAGCCGGACCGCAUCGUGUGGCUGAAGGAGGGCAAGCCCAUCGACUACGCCGCCUCGGGGCGCUUCUCGUCGGAAGAGAAGGACCUGCUGUAUGGCCGCACCAGCGUGCUGCACAUCCUCAAGGUGCAGAAAGAGGACUUCGGCAACUACAACUGCAACGUCGUCAACGCCUACGGCACGGACAACGCCACGCUCAUCCUGGUGGAGAAAACAUUGCCUCCCUUGCCCUACAUUAUUGGAGGCGCGGUUGGAGGAGUUGCCGUUCUGUUGAUUAUCGCCCUUGCCUGUGUGGUGUACCAGCGCUACAAGAGGGAGGACUCGGGCAGCGUGCUGGGCUCCACCACAGACACGGAGAGCAGCGCCGACAAGAAACGAAAGGACGCCGACUCGCCCUCCACCCUCAUGGACCAGUUCCGCCAGGACUACAACAAGAAGGACUUCUACCGCUACUCCGCCGACUACGACGAGCUGACUUACAAGCAGCAGGAACAUACGGGUAACAACAACGCCUACGGUUGCCUGGAGCCGUGCGAGCCGAUAAGGGAGACAACGUUUGCUGGAGAAUACAUCCCGCGCGCCAUGACGCCAUUAGAAAGGUAUGAGCCCAUGUACGGCACAGGCUACAGUAUGAGCAGUUUCCGUGGACGAGACUUCACGGGAUUCGAUGCCGGCAACGUGAAACUGGCAACAGACGUUUAGGGUUUGGGACCUUGUCGUCGCUGUCGUCUUAUUCUCCAGCUGCUGUGGCCGUCUGUGCGUCCAUGCUGGGAAUACAACUGGCUGACCUUGACCUGCGGAAGGGGUUGGCACACUUUGUGGCAAAGCUUCGUUGGCUUGGCGCAAGCUUGGGCCGCGAGCUACUGGGAUCCGCCAGAGGGAAGCAGAGGGAGGGUUACUCCUCCCUUCGCAGCAACGACAAACGUUGUGUGUGCCAUUGGUUGCUAGUCUUCAGGCUGCCGGAGUGUUACGAAAUCGUUUUGUCAUAUCAGUGUGUCUGUGACCUGCUUGCCAUACUGACAGCAAAUCGCGUAUUUAUCAGAAAAUAAUUUUGUUGAGAAAGUUUUGGGUUUGACGACUGUUGGAUACUGUUGAACUCACAUGGAGAGUUUAUUAUUAUUAUUUAAAGAAACUCCUUUUUCUCCCCAACUCUAGCGCUAGAAGCAAAACGGAAGGCUUGUAAUGAAGUUGAUGUACUAGGAAUAUCAUACAGUAGCUGCCAGCAGCUUGAUUGUUGACUUCUGUAGACCGGAGAGUAAGCAAAUGUCAGGGCAGUACACGGCCUACGUGGACAGACGUUUUAGACAGAGAAUAAAGUCCACUCACAAGACCUGCCCUGGAGCUAACCAGCCGAUGAUGUAAACUAGGAAUGCCUGAUGUUAAAAGUCCGCGUUGUGGGAGGCAGGCCAAAAGAAGUAAAGAUACAAGAAAGGUUAAAGUGCGCAGCCUCAUCGUCUUGCCAAGGAUGCAGAGAGCCAUGGAUGGCUGCGAUGGACCACACUCACUGGUGGCUUUACGGUCAACAAGCUAAAUUAUUUACCUCAUCUGCAUUUCCUUGUAUGCAACAACUACUUCCAGGUGUGUGGUUUAGCGCCAGUCGAUGCUUAUUUCUAAGUCAAGUUAGUCCCAGGAAGUGACGUCAUGUGGACGCCAUGUUUCACACGACACGGACGCCAUAGACUGCAAAGGAUUGUGGUGAAGCCUUCAACACUGCUUCACGCCUGAUUGUGGCCACCUCUUCUUCAGCGCUGUGUCGGCAGAGAUGCCCGAUUGUUUAGUGAAACAAGAGUUCAUGAUGACACAAAGUGCAGACACGUGACCUUUGGGACAAAAGGAUUGUGUAAGGACAAGAAGAAUAAAGAAUGUGAGCUGGUUAUAAAAUAAUUUGUGUUGAAGUUACAGCAGCAACAGUGAGUUAGUAAAAGACUAGUGAACUCUAGGGGAAGAGCAAUAUUUGUUUCAGACGCUAAGGACGAGCCAGAAAACAAAAACUCAGAGCGGAAGUGGCGUGACUGUAGCCAUGCAGUCGACAGCAGGCGAUUACGUCCCCUGAUGGCUCGUCACUGUGUGUGUACAGGGGAAGGGGGUGGGGCAUCUUUCCUCCUCCCAAACGAAACCAGAGGAGAGUGACCAUAGCUACUACCCACGAGCUUAAACACAACGAUAAGGCGCAAUCCGCAAAGUACAAGUGACCUGUGACCUAUGCCCUGUGUGUGAAUGUCGCGACCCUUGACUUGGCUCCAAAGGUCACAGUCCAUGCUUUGCAGUAUUGCACCCGCCAGUCGCACGGGAGGUAUAGCAUUAAGGCUUGACUUUUAUUUAUUUACUCGUUCAUUUGCAUUUAUUUGUCGGUGAUAGUCUGCGCAUGUCUAGACCUACCCCCAGGGUGGACUCGCUUCACGUGUUGUACUGCGGUCUUGGGGAGGUCACUGUGCUGACUUCCGGCGGCCAUACUUGAGGACUGGUGUUGUGCUCUUGUCUGUGUUUCCAGCCAGACACUGCCGUGUUAUGUUUCGUUAGACAGCUCACGCACCACUUGCUUCACGUGCGCCACAGGACGGACACCUGUGAGUCGUGACUCACUCACAACUCUCCAGAAAAGCAAAAUUUCGCAAGGAUGGGAAGUGUGUCACGGGUUGCUAGGAGACCUUCAGACUGGGUCUUGAGAGUCGGAUUCCAUGACGCUGACCUCCGUUGUGUCACAGUGAGAUUAAGCGAGAACUCAUCAUCUGUGAGCCAGUUGUGAACUUCUUGUCACCUCCCUCUCUGGUGUUUGGUUUUGACUGAUUUAUUUGUCAUUUUUUACAGUAGAAGUGGGCAGGGGUCUCGUGCGUGUGUCUGUGCGCGCGCAUGUGUGUAUCUCUAUAAGUAUAUGGGUGAGAGAGAGAGAGGGGAAGACAGAGAGACAAACACUGAGCUGUGGAACAUUGUGGUAAUCUAAACACUCAUUCGGAAAGAGCAAACAUUUAUCAAGACAAAUCAAAUUUAGUUUUGUACAAUCACAUUUUACUUUAUUUAAUUUCAUUUUUUGCCGCUAUGUCCAGGUUAAUCCAAAAGUUUUACAUUUUUUACAAAACAAAAGCUCAACACUGCACUGAAUGUUCGUUGUCAUUAGUGUUCAAUAUUGUGGACCACACUCACAAACACAUCUUACGACGACAUGUUCAUUAAUCUUCAAGAUGAAUGUCGCUGACUCGAGGCCGGAGCCAUGAAGCAGAGAUAAUGUUACCCCGGGCUUAGCUAUAGGUGCUAGCAGCUUAGCUACAGCCUGGCUGUGUUAGUUGUCAGUACAUGUUGACCUAGUUGAUUCACUUGUUUUCACAUCUUUGUAGACCAAACCUUUCAUUUAUUACUGUUGUGUUCUAGGUGUAGAGACAUGCUAGCUAAAGUGGUUUAAUUACUCCUGCAUCUUUGGAAAUCACAACCUUGACCCUUUUCUCGGUCCUAGCAGUGUGCUGACCGAUGACAUUUACUUCACAUCUUUGGAGACUGGAGUUAUAGCUCACUGUAUAAUACCCUGCCUAUCACCCUGUCUUCAGCACAGAUUUAUCCCAGGUAUCCUACAUUCAGGACCCAGGCACAGGAUAUUACACGUGGACUUUGUUUUCGCCGUCCGUAUUCAGAAGGGAGACGUGAGACCUGUGACCUGUGACCUGAUGUUGACCCUGUGUCUGUACCUGCUGCCAAAAGCGGCCUCUUGGAGCCAUUUCCACAGACUUCAGACGACUGCCUCAGAGUUGACAUCUGAAGUCUGUGUUCUUCUCGCCUCCUGUUACUUCCAGUUCCUAGCUGUCAGUACUACAAUCUUCUGUUUGUAGUUGACAUGGAGACGAUCGGGUUGCGGCGACCCCUGCAUUUACAUUUUGUUACUUUUCAUUGGCUGAUAAAAGCGGCUUUUAAAACUCAGACUUUAUUGAAUUUCUUUAAGAAGCUCGACCAUUACCAGCCCAUAGAAAUUGAAUAAAGUCUGAAGAUGUGAAUAAAGAUACCUGCCGACCUGUGUAAGAUCUUCGUUAGACCUUCAGCCACUUCCAGCCACUGAGCCAACACCUGGCGACCGGGUGGCCGUCACCCAGGACCUGACGAUGCACGGGACACUUUCACUGGAGGAUGAACUGCUGCUGUCCUGCUUGUAGGUCUGUUGCUCCUUCACUCAUUCCCCAAGCCACAGCUGGACUCGCUGGUCAGCUGCUCGUGUCAUGAACGUCAAACGAUCAUUGAAUAGUCAGAGGUCAGAGGUCAUGCAUGAUGUUGAUGAUUCUGUGUUACUAGCCUCCAUAGCCAGUCUCACAGUGAGGAUGCUCUGGAAUAUUAGCCUAAUAAGUUCAUCUUAAAGAGGAUAUAUUUGAUAUUAUUAGUCUUGUGUACAAUGGCAUUUCAUUUCUUUACUUUCUAUUUUGUUUGCUUCUGACAUAUGUAACAUCCAAGAAGAGCUUUGUGUUAUUUAUUUACAGAUGUACAAAUAGUUUUAACCCUAACUAAAUAUCAAACCUGAACCUGAAGUAGCUGUAUGAUAAGCCUACAUCGGUAACUGGAAAGAGACGAUCCCGCUUUAAUAGAAUACAAAGGCAUCUUAGAAAGAAUGAGAAAUUAUUUUCCCUUUAACAACAAAAAAAUACAAAAGUAUUUGCAUACUGCUGGGGUUGUGUUUAUCGUUCAUCACAUCACCUUCAACGGGUUUGGAGGGGAUGUCAGUGGCAUCAAUGUCGUCCACAUCAUCUGUCAUUGUUGCUGAUGAUGUCUUUUCAACAUGAAGAAAAAAAUCACAAUUUUGAUAAUCCUUAGUUUUAUUUUUUAUUUCUUGUUGAGACUGAAAUGUUUGUUUAUCAAAACCCUGUUUACACAAAAUAAGCCGUUAGUUCUUACCUUACCACCCUCUUCCUCUUUCUCUGCUUCUCUGAUUAUUCCGACACAACAUGUAAGCAAGUAGUAAUGACUGAUAUGACAUACAUGUGUCGGUGAGUGUAGCUGCAGACCAUUCCUGUUUCCUCCCGAAGUGUAACCAAGUGACUAACACUUGCGGAGUCACAACAAGUCUUCAUUGUUCACUUGUCUGAUGUUUGAGGUUUCCUUUGUUUCUUGUUUUGUUUGGUUUUAUUUCAUCAGACAAGAGUAGAUAUCGGACUUUGCCUCUCUUAAACUGUGUCCAAGGAAACCAGUCCCUGCAAGUAUUUCGUCUACACAUCUCUUCAAACCUAGUCUCUCUAACAGUGAGAACUUGAUGGGAAAGUGGUUCACUGUGUCUAAAGCUUCUAUGUUUACUUGUGAUGUUACAGUUCAUGGGUUUAUUCUCUAGUGUCAGUCCUUCCUGUUAGCUUCGUUAAUUACCGAACUGUUUUCAAAGCUUAGUCAAUUAGUUCAUUAAUUGUUCUUAUAAAAAGAAUAGUUGAUCUUCUGCGCCUUGCCAGAAUUUGUAAGUCCCCGCUGGUGUUGGUUCAAAGCCUGGGAAAGUGCGAAAAUAAAUUCUAUUGAUAUGUCAGUAGUGUCUGCCGCAGCCUCUAUUUUCUUCACUCACUCAUGAACGAGUCCUAGUGAUACCUAUGUAAUAUAUUAAACUGGAACUGGUGAAUUUUGUGUUUGAUGUUCCUGCAAGUGAAAUAUUUAGUUAGACCGCGUGCGCCAAUGAAGUGCAACUAUUUGAAGGUGAACUCCACAGGUCAACUAUAGCUGAACUGGUAUUCACCUUACUCCCUUGUAGUAUUUGGGUUGUGAGAUUUAUUUUACUUUGUAAGUCACCGACCUAUGCUGAAUGUUUGCUGUCAGUUAUUUACAGUUCUCAGGUAACAAUUAUGCAACUGGAAGUUUGCUUGGCUUACAAUGAGUUGCGGUCGUCCUUUGCACUGUGUAGAAUCCUCAGAAGCUAGGGGAACCUCCAUGUCAGAGUAGGACGACAUUUCAAUUCUCCACAAAUAAGUUAAAAAGAUCCUUGCAAGAAAUCACAUAUGGUUGGACUGCUACUCUUUCCAUGUAUUUGCAUUCACCUGUUUGCUAGAAAUUCUCCUUUUCUCAGAAACCCUUCCAGCGGCAAUGGGACUUGGUCUCACCUUAUGGUUACAUUACAAAUACACAAAAUAUUACAAAGAACUUUAGACAAAGUCGUCUUAAUCGCCAUGGAAACCUUAUCCUUAGAAAUAUUCUUUCACCUUCCCUUCUUAAAACUGUUUGUUAGCUCCAUUAUUUUCCUUUGUAUCUUCGUUACCAUGCUGCUGACAACAUGAGUAAAAAAAGGUGAAAGAAAAAUCAUGGAAAGAAGUUUGUGGACAUUUUCGCGGAAGUUCUGACUCACAAGGACUGAUUUUUUAUGCUUUCUCCUUGAUAUCUUCUCCCUCGUUUCUUUAACAUUUAAUGGGAUGUGAAUGUUAGUCCUCAAGUGGCAGACGUGCUACGUGCGUGAAUAUUAUUCGUUAGUUACUGUAUGAGGAGUUCUGGUUGCCAGGUAACUGUGGAUGAUCUGCUCAGGCUGCUUCUUUCUCCUUUUCCUUUGCCUGAACACUAACAGCUGUUUUUCUUCGGGUACCUGGGAGUGUUUUGAGCUCGCAUCUGAUUAAUUCCCCGUCGUGGCGGAGUGUUUUGACAGCGCCGGGUGCGCCGGGUGCUAGACGUCAGCAGUGUGUUGUAACAGUUUGGACCACGAGGUGCCUGGGGCAGCAAAACUAACUUUUCUCCUAGAAAGAAAGAAGAAGGUGUCUGCACUGCCGACCGAGCGAAGGAUGGGUCACUCUAUGAGUAGACUGAUGUGGCCGCCCGCUGAGUGGCUUGCUGAGUCAACUAUGUGACGUGAUGCCUGGCAUGUUCUUGUUGAUAUUUUACUAUAUCACAUUAUUUUAAUAGUGAUUUUAAAUAAUUUUAGUAGGGAAAGAGCCGUGACAGUCAGGUUCCCCUUUACCUACCUACGCAAUAUGUAUUUGUGAUACCUAGUGCUGGCAUGUUAAAUGGUUAGUUGGUGCCGCCAUUGUUUUGUAUUCAUACUCAAUAUUCACUGUUUAUAUUUACAUUUGUAUCACUUUUACUUUUACUCGCUGAGUUUCAAAGUCGGAUUUCUCCUGGACUAGAUAGUAUGAUUGGCAGUGUACCAUCGACACGCAGGAGGCUAGUUAUUCGGUUCCGAUGAAAGACGUGUAAACGUGUUCAAACAUUAAUGUCUUGUGAACAUUAUUAGUGCAACCAACGGCAAACAAGUCAAAGUCAGGAGCUGGCGAUGUGAUGACUACACUGACUUGCUAGGAUAGGAGGGAAACCUCUGUACAGAUACAGGUGCAGUGAUUGGACUGACUCCUGAAGUCUGUGUCGUCGUUAGUUGGAUGUUGGCACAGAAAACGCCGAUGUCAACGUCUGCCACUCAGAUGAUGAGGCCACACGCUCGCUGCUUGCUUACUACCUCCCGCCCCAGUACUUCUUACCUCCUCCUCUCCUCCUCCCUACCCCUUCCUAGUCUUUUGUUGAUCACAUUCUAUCAUAGGUAAUUACAGGCUUACACACACACACGUACACACACGUACACACACACACACACGUACACACACACACGCGCUCCAUGUCAGUGGUGGUCAUAGCUGCCAUCAGCUGAGGUUGUGUCCAAACCAAUGACAUUACGACUGCGCUACCUGCAUUGUGGUCAGCUAAACACUACCUUGACUAUUAACUGAAGGACUACAUCCAUAGCUACGUCAGCUAAACACUACCUUGACUAUUAACUGAAGGACUACGUCCAUAGCUACGACAGCUAAACACCGAGCACACUAACUCAGUGAGUUGCUGCAUUCCUCGACAUGUUUGUAACUGUGUGUAAUGUUGUAGCUAAACACAAACAAAGGUAACGUGGAAUGGACAGAUGGCGCUCCAUGUAUCAUAAUCCAGCUGCUAUUUAACUUAAAGUGAGCUGUGUACAUUUCAUUUUGUGUAUAAGUUAACUAGUCUAACAUUAUUGCUUUCUUGUGCUACAGCUAAUCAUGUGUUUGUGUGAGUGCUGGGUUUUUUUCCGCUCCCCUCUCGUUGAUGUGUCUGCUCAGUGAGCUAUACAGCUGCUUACAUCACAAUACAGCUGCUUACUUCACACUACAGCUGCUUACAUCACGUUACAGCUGCCUACAUCACACUACAGCUGCUUUCAUCACACUACCGCUGCUUACAUCACAUUACAGCUGCUUACAUCACACUACAGCUGCUUACAUCACACUACAGCUGCUUACUUCACACUACAGCUGCUUACUUCACACUACAGCUGCUUACUUCACACUACAGCUGCUAACAUCACAUUACAGCUGCUUACAUCACUCACUCGCUCCCUCCUCCAUCGCACGGCAACUUUUUGUAGGACAUCGCCGACAUGACUUCUCGAGACUUUCAUUGCCCCCGGCAUUGAGGACUCCUAGUGCUCCAGGACAAGAUUACUUGAGUGAUGUGUUUGGUUUUAUUUAUUUGUUCUAUCACAUCUCUUGUUUGUAAUUUUGCCAUUUAAACAAUUUUCUGUCGAUAAUCUUUAAAUCAAGUAUAUGACACUUCAUCGAUUGGUUCAUGUUUCAUAAUUAUUUUUGCAGUGAUAUUUAUAAUGCACAUGCCUAUGCUAUACACCAUUUAUACAUGAAUAUAUGUGAAUACUUUUACACACUAUGAUGAAUAUUAUGGAUCAAUAGAUGAAGAAAUGAAAGUUGGGGAUAGACACAUCGUUAGUCUGCAUUACUUGCAUGAGUUUCUGUAAGAUUCAUGUCCUGCACGGUCUGUCGACACUCGUCUUUCCAUGGUGUCGCUUGUCCAAGUUGAUUGCAUCGUGAGUAGUACUCAGACCUACUGCCUCGUUCCUAUAGCAAUAUGCCCUGUGUGCGAAUGGAGUGUCGUGUACACAUUGAGUGACGUAUGCAAAUUUUGUAGACUGAGGUUAGUGGGUUGGUGCCGGACAAAAUCCUCAGAUGCCACUGCUGUUUGUUUAUUUUGUUUGUUUUACACGAACGAGGAGGAGGCAGAGCAAGAACUGAGAUGUAGCAGGAGCGAAAUAAUGUCAUAACCUGUUUAUGUAGCAAGUAAUUACAGUCACCAUUAACUAACGAUGACAAUCGUAUCUAGCAAUUACCUUCGUACACAUCGCUUACAAUCAUGGAUGCCAAUUUGCAUUCGUGGAUACGAGUUGACAUUCGUGGAUAGCAGUGACGUGGCCUUCACCUGUGUACGUCACAGCAAUGCUUUGUGUAGCACACCUCCGCAGAGAUGCUCUUUAUGGAAAGUGUAUUUCUGCUGACAGAAACCUGCGGACCUAGGUGUGUUUGUGUUUUUUUAAUCCAAAAUAACCUACUACGAUUUUGAAGAAAACAUUAAAAACAUUGCCAGGAGGUAAAGACGUUGGCUGCAGUCGUUGCUUCAAUGCUAAAAACAUCCCAGAGUAUAUCCUUGAAUCAGAAUGGAGUUAUUUUUGUGUUCUGUUUUACUCGUUUCUUAGUUUUUCUUUCUUUAUCGUUUCUUCUUGAAUCUUUAAAUCAUUUGUAAUACUGCAUUAUUUAACACACCAUAUGUAUUAUAAUUGCAUACUGCACAAGGAAUGAACAUUUGUAACAACUUUUUCGUGGUAGCUUUCAAGUUGAAAAACAAAAGUUUUAUGUACCAUUUUUUUAACAAUUGAAUAUUUUAUUAUACCGAUGCCCCACAUCACGGGGCUGGACUUUAUCCUGAGUAAGUGUACGAGUUGUGUGUGUGUGAUGAAGAUGAAUGGUGCGAAUACUCUUGUCAUGCAAUACAACGUGUGUGUACAAUUUGAAAGUUUAAAUUAUCUCCCCUUGUUUGUAGUCGGCAUGGUGAGUUGUCUGCCCUUGCCCUAGGCAAGAGCACCCGUUGCACACUAAUCUCUCUCCCUAUGAUAUAUCUACACCACUCAUUAUCAUAUUUAUCACGUUUUGCAUUAUGAUCCACUGUGGUUGUAUGACACACACACACAUCCAUUGGUCUGACCCGUGACAUAAACUAUUUUACAUAAAU